GUCACACCGCGAACACAGCACCAGGCAUCGCCGCCGCGCCGGCCACAGUUUCGACAGCACUGCUGCUCGGUGAAGGAUCCUCGGCACCACACGAGUCAUUUCGGAUCCACUGGAAAUCCAGAGCACACCACAGAAGGAGAUGGAGCAAGAGCGCGGCCUGGUGUACCUCAUAACCGGUGGCUGCGGAUUCCUCGGUUACCACCUGGUGAAGCUCUUUCUUGAGCGAGGACACAACAUCUCGGAGAUCAGACUCUUCGACCUGCGUGUGGACCACAGCUUGGAGAACCUGAGCACGGAAAAAACAAAAGUGAAACUCCUACAAGGGGACAUCACCCACCUGCCAACCAUGAUGAGUAUCACUGAAGGGGUCGAUGUGGUCAUCCACGCAGCCAGUUUGGUCGACGUGUGGUACCGGGUGCCCGAGAACAAGAUUAAGGACGUCAAUGUGCAGGGCACUGAGCACGUCAUCCAGGCAUGCAUUCACCACAGUAUUCAGUACCUGAUCUACACCAGCAGCAUGGAGGUGGUAGGCCCCAACAUCAAGGGUGACCCGUUCUUCAGGGGUGAUGAAGACACGCAGUACAAUGUCAUACACAGCAUGCCGUACCCAAAGAGCAAAGCCAAAGCAGAAGAGAUGGUGAUAGAAGCCAAUGGUAGAAAGGUAAAAAAUGGAAAGACUCUGUACACCUGUGCCCUUCGACCCACGGGGAUUUAUGGUGAGAGGCAUGAUCUGAUGAAACAGUUCUACGAGAGGGGUGUGAAGAUGGGAGGGUACAUCCCUCAGGCGAUUCCAGCAACAGUCGAGCAUGGCCGUGUAUAUGCAGGAAACGUUGCCUGGAUGCAUUUGCUUGCCGCUCAGAAGAUCCAGCAAACACCCGAGGUGCUAGGCGGGCAGGUGUACUUCUGCUACGAUGAAUCGCCCUACAAGAGCUAUGAGGAUUUCAACAUGGAAUUCCUCUCCUCUUUUGGUUUUCAGGAAGUCCGCAUCCCCUAUUUUGUGCUGUCCUUCAUGGCCCGACUCAACGACAUCCUCCAUACGGUGCUCAAGCCUUUCUACAAUUACACGCCUAUCAUGAACCGUUACACGCUGACUAUCGCUUCCACCACAUUCACCGUCAAGACCAACAAAGCUGAAAGACAUUUUGACUACAAGCCUAUCUACCCGUGGUCCGAAUGUCGAGAGCGCACCAUUGGCUGGAUAACCUCCUUUGCACAACCUGUCCUCCAGAAAGACAAGUAGAAACUGAAAUGAGAAGGGUGGCAACAUCUCUUUCUCAGUUCCACCUACAAACCUUUUAUCUCAGACACUCAGCAGGCAUGGCGAAAGUGGAAAGGGAGGGAGAAGAACUGGAAUUUCACCCCAUAGGUGAAUCAAAAAAGACUUGGCAAUCAUCAUCUAAACCCAUCUUUGUCAUUCAUAACAGCUUGCCUUUCUCCUCACCUUGUUGGUUUUCUUGGUUUCACUCACGGUAUGAGGAUCCUCAUUCUCAACUGAAGAAAAAACAAGCAUUAAAUUGACAUUGUCUUUUCAAACCUGUUGCCAUGAGAUGCAAUAAAACUGCAAAAUCAAGUAUUUGCUUCCAAGAAAGCCAAAUGUAGUAGUAAGAAAAUGGAAAAAACAGCAGGAUCAUUUGGGAAUAUUCAAUAUUGGGGUGGAGAAGUUAAAUAUGAAGAGGAUUCUAUCAUAGAAGAAACCAUGGUGGUGUUUCACACUGAAUUUCCCAAUUCACGUGAGACUGGAACUAAGGAGGAUCUGCUGAGUUUGUGAUCAGUGUUAAGGACCGAGCUACCAUUAGCUGCUUACUCAGACUCUUUGCAGUGUCUACAAACUGCUACAAGUUCCUACUUGACCCUACAUAUCUAGCAGACUGCCAUUUCCAUGCACUGACUGCAUACACUUAAACAAUCUGACUAAUGGAGAUGGAAGCCUUAAGGUGGGUGCAUCCCAUCUAUUAAAAACUGGCAGAGGGGCAGCCUGCCCAUCACUGCCAUCCAAAUGUUUCAUCAUUCUAAUUUUAAUUGUCAGAAUUCUGUAGGUAAGUCAUAAGAGUCAUAUACAGACUGUGCAAGCCAGGGGGAGUCAGGAAAAGAAGAACAGACAGAGGAAGUGACAAAGCAACAUUGUGUGUAUCUGCAGAAGAAUAGCUCAAAAACAGGAGGAGGAGGAGAUAAGUAGAAUAGAGUCUGACUCUACACUCUUGGAAAUAAUGGUUCGAAAAUGGCUCUUUACUGGAGUCUGUGGUUCUCUGGACUUUGAAAAGGUUCCUAAUAUGAGGACAAAAUAGAAAUCUUUAAGGCUACCAAGCAGGAUCCUAAAACAUCAAGAAAAGCUGGACUUAGCCUGUGUGAUUGCAUGCAGUUAGAGUCCUUUGAAAAGCAGGAACCCACUUGUAUGUCACAAAUUUAUCAUCAUCCAUUCAUGACAAUUUGUGGAGCCUGCUAUGGACCUCAAUUAAUACAAAGUUCUUUCUGGAACCUUCAUGUAGAUGGUCCAUUUGGGAACCAAAACUAUGGUUUCUUUCUGAAGAGCCACUUUGGCACCUUAAUUUUAAAGAGUGUAGGAAAUCGAACUGUGGCCACAACGACACAUUGUGGCAUUUAGAGAGGCUAGGUGGCAGCUAACACAAGUAAAAAAAAAAAAGAAAAAAGAAUGAUGGUGGCCACGACCACAACA